UCAAGAGGCUGUCCGGCUCAAGACAUCUGAUGCCCCAGCCGGCAUGCGUGGCCGCGGCCUCUCCGCGGCUUUUUUUCUGUGUGUCCUCGGACCCUCAGUACUGUCACUUGCACUCCCACUCCGGACGUUCGCGCGGAGACCCGCGCCGUCGGAGCUUUUGGGCGCUGCGUUGCUGCAGAGCGUGGAGAAGUCUGGAAGCUACGCGCUCUUGCGUGUCGCCUUUCAGAAGACCGAGCUGCGUGAGCUUCGGACUUUGGACUCGUCGGAAAGGAAGUCCCACGUGCGAGCGCUAGCAGAGGAGCUCGUGGCUGGCCAGGCCGCCCUGGUGGGAGGACGGGAAGUGGAGGUGCCCGAAUUUGUGGUCUGCGGCAGCGCUUUGGAGCGGCUGCUGACGGAAGUUCUGAAGAGCGGGCAGCUUGUGGGCGCCUGGAAGCUAGUGGCGGAGGAGGGGGCGGGCAAGAGUGUGGCAGCAGCGCUGGCGGCGACCAAUCGAGAGAACACGGACCCCGGGGUCGCGGUGGUGCUGCACGGGCCAUUGGACGAGAACCUGCGGAGCUUGUUUAAGGUACCCAACACGGCCUGGGCUCUGCAGAUUGCUCCGGAGCUGUUCAAGGAACUGCGUGAGCGGGGCUGUCAUCUGCAGCUGGUGCUGGACACCGACGAUUCCAACGGCACCUUGGCGCCGGAGCUCGGCCGCGCGGCCGAAGACUUCGACCACGGCGUCCUGGUGCUGGCGCGGUCGAGCGGGGAGGCGGAAGAUGGGACGAGCCUGGUUCCCCGGAGGUGGUGGGAUUUGCGGCCACGGUCCAAGGCCUACCGGUGGACCCGGGAGGAGGCCUCCACCUACCUACGCUUUGCCCAGCUCCGUUCCCUCGUCGCCACCGGCAGCGGCGACGGCGGCGACGCGGCGGCGGCGGCUGUGGCGGCGCUGCCGCGGCGGGAACUGCGGCGGAAGCUGCGCUCGGCGAGGAAGAGGGAUUGGGUGGGAGGCUGGACGCCUCUGGAGCUGGCACACAUCGAUGCUGGCGCUUAAGCGCUUGAUCCGGAGCUCGACUCGUGAUGCGAAGCAACCUGAGCGAGCAUUUGGUGAUGUAUUUGGACGAGACCGAAUCCAAGCCGAACUGGAGAACUGCAGCUGCGGAUGCUGCCCGUGCAAGAUCGUGCAGGUCAUUUCGCUUUGGCUGCUGGAAAUGAGCAGCGCUUGGCAUGUUUCGGCCGAGCUUCUGUGAUGACCCUAUGGGCAUCCAUCUAUCCGGACAGGCGAAUGCUAAUGCGAAAC